AUGUCCGACUCACAAGCGCAAUUGUUCCAGGACAAGCAUCCGUUGAUCCGCAGCUGUCGAGCCCUGAAUAAGCUUCGCGUAAAGGAAGAGCUCACAGACCUCACCAUAGAGGUUCAGGAUGGCGCCCGACUCCACGCGCACAAAGUCAUUUUAGCCGCUCGCAUACCUGCUCUGCGAGCCCCUGCCAAUGACCGCCUCAGGAGUAAUACUUCGGUCAUAAGAUGGCCGACGGUGCCUCUCAGCAUAGCAACCUCCCUUAUUGAGUAUGCCUACACUGGCGAACUGAAGAUUACACAAGAAAACGUAAUAGGCGUAGUUGCGUUAGCCAGAAUUAUGCAACUUCCCGCGAUAAAGAGCUGGGGAAAGAAAUUAUUUGCCAGCAACCUCAACAGAGAACAGAUCGCAACUACCUGGGUCAUGGCUAAGUUUCUUAAUAGUAGAUCUCUGAUGGACGCUUGUGUCCGACACAUGGCUGUGCACUUUGAGGGUUAUGUGUACAGCGACUUCUUCGUUCGCCUGCCGGCGGACUUUGUACUCAGUGUGCUACGCAGCGAAAGCCUGUUAGUCAGUUCAGAAGAGCAAGUAUUUUCUGCUGUUUCACGUUGGGCCACAUUUUGUAACGAGGCUGGAGAUAGGAAGAUGAAUGGACAGCUGCCGGCGAUGUUAGAGGAAAUUCAGUGGGACCAAACAAGUGCACAGUUCCGUGGACGCCUAUUGGACUCUCACCCCAUAUUCUGGAACAGCACAGAAUGUUCCAUUUUCGCAGUUAGAGGAGCAAGGUCUGAUCUCCAGCUUGGUAUAACAUCUGUGGAGGAGUUCGUGGUGCGCGAACGGCGCUGGCGUCCAAGAGCACCGCUCACCUGCCGACGCCAACAGCAUGCUGCUGCUGUCGUAUGGGUUGCAGCCGCCGAUGGCUGCCAGGAGGGCACCGAGAAGGCGUUGAUUGGUGUGUUUGGUGGAUCCUAUAGGGAAGGGGACACCCCGACAUGCCUGGCCUCCUGCGAGUUGUACGAAGUCAGCCAGAACAGGUCAGGACAUGCUUGA